AUGCUUCUCCUCAAAGACCCCAAAUCAUACAUACUGUUUGUGAUGAUCUCAAUCAAUGGGUUUGGGCAGAUCUUCUGUGUUCAUGCCCAAGCACUCUCCUAUCUCUGCUCUGAUGACAUAGCCAACUCCAGUUACAUAGAUGACCGCACUUCCCUCUUGGACUCUUUAUCAUCCAGAGCAACCUCCAUGGACUUCUACAAUGAGACUUUCAAUGAUAUCCAUGGUCUCUUCCUCUGCAGAGGCAACGUUAACGCCUCUACUUGCCGGAAUUGUGUCACUGGCGCCGGAGAAGAGAUCAUCAAGGUCUGCUUAUGGAGAAUCUGUACACUACAAAUAGUUUACCUCUGCCUAAUGGAGAUCAGGUUACCACCACCACCACCACCACCAAGCACCCCUGCACCUCCAACCGAUCAAGUGUAUUGUAGGAAAUGGAGGAUUGAAGAACACAACAAAAAUAGCAGUCAUCACAGCAUCAACAACAGCAGGUGUAGCCGUGUAGCUGUGUGGAUAUUCGUUGUAACUGUGUGGAUAUUUACUAAAGAAUUAAGCCCUGUUCUUUAA